GGCGCCGUUCCAACAUACUGUUUUGUUCUCUUCUGUCUUCUCCAGGUUCUCGUGAAAGAGCAAUGGGCGGAACUUGUUAAUUUCUCAAUUUUCUCUUCCCUCGCUCUCUCAACCUCCUACCUUUCUCACUCUCUUCCCCGUCGUUCUUCUGAAUUCUGAUUGCUAGUCAUGGCCGCCAUGAGAGACCUUCCGUUACAGAAAGUGGCGAUUUCGGGUCCCACAUUAGCCUCCAUGCUUCAGCGCUUCUCCUCCUCCGUCGGCGAUGUGGACGGCCUUCUCUUCGGCCACGUAACGCACCUCGCUCCCACUCUUACCGACGACGCUCCCCAUACCUCUAACUCCGACCCUUCUUCCUCCUCCGAUUCACCGGAACUCGUAGCCACCAUUACUUCCUUCAUAUGCCCUAACUCCGUGCUCUCCUUCUACGACGCUUUCGGCCUCGUGGAUACGCCUUCCCUCCAGCGCCUGCUCGUCGCCCACCCCGGCCGCCACCGGCAACACCUCCUUGGCUGGUUCUCCGCUCGCCGAAGAACGUCUAACCGUCCUUCGAUGCGGGAAUUUUCCGUGACGCGCUGCCUCUCUUCCAUAUCCGAGCUGUCUCUCCCUGUCGAGAACGCGGAGAGUCCGGUAAAUCUCGCCCCCUGUGUAUUUCUCCUGUUUGCUACCCCCGUGCAAGAGCAAUUGAUUCAUACGCAUGAGUACCGCGCCUACCAGUUCCGUGAUUCCACGGAAUGUUUCGAUUCUAAAUCGGUUGAUAUAGUGAACAUUGGCCCUGCCUUCCGCGGGCAUUAUGGUUCGUUUAGCCCUAAUUCGCCAUUUCCAAUGUUGAGCUGCGAUUUGAGGAGUUCGUCGGCGAUGAAUGAGGAUAGGAGCGAGGAGAUUAGUUUAGUUGAACUGAAGAAGGUGGCCAAUGAUCAAAAGGAGUUGGAUAUGUGUGCUGAAGGUUAUGGGGUUGCAAACUUGAACAGAUUGAUUGGUCAUGAGGCUACCAGUUAUACUGCAGGAUUGGAGGAUUUGUAUGAGAAGAUGUUGGUGAAGAUUCAGAGCUUGGCUAGAGAAGUGGAAAGUGGCAAUGCCAAGGUUCAUCAGCUGGAAAGUCACAACCGGAAGUUGAGGUACAAAGUUGGCAAGGGUGGAGUUGAAUGACAGUUGAAGUUUUGUGCUAUGGAUUGACGCCUGUGGCUUCACGGGGUCGUGUAAGGUAACUUGUUUUCUUCUAUUAAAGCUCAUGUACUUGACUUCAUAAGAGGAGCACCCUUGCAUUAUUGUCUAGACAAAGAUGCGAGAAGAGGUUUGAAAUAGAGUUAAUUGUAGAACUCUUAGUUGUUGAUUUUAUUGGUUUCUGAGAAGAAGAAAGAAUGGUGCAUUCCUUCAGCUCUUGUGAGUGAUAAUAGUAGGAAAUCUUCUGUAUUUUUUUUAUAAAUUUGUGAUGAUUUAACCUACGCAGUUUGUCAAGAUUCUUUGUAACUGAUACUGCUAAGGGUCUCCUGAAGCAGCCCUAUGUGUCGCUGCCUUUCCAGGGUUUGUGUAGCUUUGCAGCUUCAAUGCAAUACGACUUAAAAACAUGUGUCUAUGAGCGAUUUAUAUGUGAUGUUUACUAGUGUAGGAAAGAUUAAAGCUUUUCGAGUCAUAUACUGAUGCAAAUGAUAUUGGUUUUCUUUGGUCAAAAAGGGGUUGAGGUUUGUCUGAGGUAACAUGGAAAGAGUUACAGAUUAUGGAUAUUAGGCCCAUCUUCUGGCCACUUUCUUGGUUUAAAAUGCUUCUACUAUUGGAGUUUGCAGUCAAACUUUUUAUGUUUCUUCGUGAAGCCAAACUAGGCAAUAAAGCGUUUCGCUUCCUUAGUCUUGAUCCACUGCUACCUUCUUAGAGGCCCUUGUGUCUUCCUAUAGAACAGAUGUCACUUGCCACCAGGGUUCUGCAAAUAAAAUGCUGCUUUCGACUUCAGUCUUUUUCUUUGAAACAUUCAUCAUCACCCUAUUUGAUGGAUUGUCACCAGUAACUUGGUAACUAGAAGCAAUAACCUAUAGGAAGUGAUCCAAUGGUGAAGGUGUAACUGUGACAGAUCUAGACAGAUGAAACAGAAAUGUUAUUUUUCCACAUAAUGUUAGCCACAACGUUCAUCUUAGGAUGGUUGGAUGUUUUCUAUCUUCCAUUAUCUCUAUAGCUUCAAUAGAAUUUUACAGAUAAGAUAUGAGGCUGGAAGAACACUAUACUCUGAUCAAUCUUGAAUACUUGGCACCGUUGUUUGAAAAUGGAAAAAAGUGUUUUUUGUUAGAUGGGAAAACUAAAUUGGUUGAAUCACAACAGUGAGUAUGAUUAACAGUGGCUGCUGAACUCUGCAUUCCAAGUUCACUUUCUGGUUCAUCGUUUCCAGUUCAUAGGGUGAUUAGAAAUCGGAACAUUUUAUUUAUACUGUAAUUGUCAUGUUUGCAGAGUAUGGAGGUGAUCAAUAAUUAACUUCAUCUUCUUCCUGUUUUUGCCAGAAUUCCCUGAAAGAACAAGAUCUUGAACUACUGUUUUUGAGAAUUGUAAUCAAGUCAUUUUCUGGCAAAGCUUCUUGAGGAUUGGUGCUCUUCAUGGCCACUCAUUUUGAGGCGAAGUUGGACAAGCCAAAUGCUCGAGGGUUGUUUUGCAGAAUGGCCUACCAGCUCUCUGCCUUCUUGUCUAUCUGAUGUAAAACCUUGUAUAAACUCCUUUUCUGUUCAGAGCUUUCUUCCUUGUGAUCUUUCAAAUCCCUGUCAGAAAAAUGGAUAGAAGAACAAACUAAAAAGAAAUGUUGAUUCUCAGUACGCUUCAUUUUGUAGUUUGUACCACUUUAAAAGUGGCAUCUUGCGAAAAUUGCAGGCUUGAGUGCCUCAUUUAUGUUCAUUUUAUUUUUUUGCCAAUAGAUUCCUAUGAAAAAGAGGGAAAACAUAGUUCACAUAUGCAUAGACCCUAUCUACUAUGUAACCAUGCAAAAAAGUAAAACAUCGCUAUUAAUCGAUGUGACAAACCCAGAGUAUGACGCGUUACUGAAUGAGCUACUCUGCUAUCUGCCUUACCAACAAAUAUAACUGAUGCAGCUGGAAGGUCCUGAAGCAAAGCAAUCUCUUGAAGCAUAAUCCCAAUCUUGGAAUCACUAGUUCUCCCACUCGGCAUUUGUCAAUGAGAACUUUAGCAUCACCAUGAAUGCAAAUAUUCAUCAACCUGUGUUGAGAACAUUCAAGGAGAGAGUCACGCAGUGCCAUUGCCUCGAGAACAUAAGGAUCAUAGCAGCCUUCAUAACGAGUUGCUUUAGACGCAAUAUAAGCAUCAGAAGCAUGGCGAAGAACAAAAGCUGCAGAGCCAGACUCUCUUGAUCGAGUACGUGCAGUGCAUCGAAUGAACCAUAAUAAUCCACCAUGGAGGAAAUAGAUGUAAUGGAUGAGGGAUGAAUAGUUGGUGUGCCACUGCCUUCAUACUUUCACCUGUUUAUACUCGUAGAAAACAAAACAUCGGUUCUUCAAUAUUUUCCAAAGCAAACAAAUAACCUGCAAAAGGAGGUAAUCCAAAUCAAGACCCCCUUCUUUGAACAAUGAAAACCGAAUGAAACCAAUAAAAGAACCCUUUUGCCAACUUCCCAAAUGCUUAUGAAGUCCCACCAUCCUCCACAAUUUUCUCGCGACAGGACACCGGAAAAAUAAGUGCUCAAUUAUUUCUUUCUUGCGUCCACAACCUGGACAAAAGGGAAUGAUCUUCAUCCCUCGCGUUACUAAACUUUCUCGAGUAGGGAGGAUACGAUGUAUGCACCGCCACAAAAAGAAAAGUAACUUCAGAGGAACCUUCCUCCCCCAAUCCCAAUUUCAGACUGAAGGAUCCUUCAAAUCAAUCCGUGGUUUCGAU